UGACGUAACAUCCGGUGGUGCUGUUGGCGGGCAGAGCGGGGCUGGUUGUGCUUGCUAGCGCCGUGGCCGAGGCUUUUGUGUGACUCGUCUGCAGGGAAGAACUGCCGUGAAGCCCGCCGCUGAGCCUCCGGAGUCCUGCGUCCCGCUGCCUGCGCUCGGUCGGCCUCCCCAGCCUGCUGUUGUUCGUCGACAGACGCUCGGGCCUGCUGUUAGCGCGCCGAGUUUCUCCGUGGAGAAUCUUCUGAAGACAGCAAACUGGCAGCCGUAUUAGCAAAGAAGGGCAAGAAGAUGGAAGAAGAAGAGCAGCAGCAGACACCUGCAGCAGAGGCUCCAGUGGCUGAAGCGCCUGCAGCUGCGCCUGCAGCUCCUGCGGCACCAGCAGAGGAGGAGGAAGAGGAGGAGUAUGUGGUGGAAAAGGUUCUGGACCGCCGGGUGGUGAAAGGAAAAGUAGAGUUUCUGCUGAAGUGGAAAGGUUUUUCUGAAGAGGAUAACACAUGGGAGCCAGAGGAGAACCUGGACUGUCCUGACCUUAUUGCAGAGUACAUGCAGAAACACAAAGAGAAGGAAGAGAAAAAGAAAGAAGGCAAAAGGAAAGCCACCAGCGAGGGCAGCGGAGACGCAGAGGAGCGGGGAAGCAAGAGGAAGAAGGAGGAGGGGGAGAAAGCCAGAGGGUUUGGCCGAGGACUGCAGCCUGAGAGGAUCAUCGGGGCCACGGACUCGAGCGGAGAACUCAUGUUCCUCAUGAAAUGGAAAAACUCUGAUGAGGCCGACCUUGUUCCAGCAAAGGAAGCCAACGUGAAGUGUCCCCAGGUGGUGAUCUCCUUCUACGAGGAGCGCCUCACAUGGCACUCCUACCCCACAGAAGAGGAGGAGAAGAAAGAAGAGGACAAGAAAGACUAGAUGAAAAAUGAGGCGAUGGAAGCGUGGAGGUGAAGUGCAGGAAAUCAACACUCCAGUUACCCUUUGUUCAUUCACGUGUGGGGAGAAACAGCCGACAUUUGUUUAGUUUCCUGCACUGCUAGAAGCCCUCAAAAGAUGUUCCCACCUGUAUUGGUUCCUCUUCUGUUCUAUGACAGCAGGUAGAACGUGCUGAUUGGGAACUGGUGCCUUCUGUUGAAUCCCCCUUCUGCAUCAGAGGAGCUCUGAAUGUUUGUCCCCCCUGAGCUGAUGGGUUGGGGGGAGCUUUAACCUUUUGAUGUCCAACCUGAAAGAGACAGGCUAGUGGGCAUUUGAGAGUUAACGUGUUACAAACUUCCAGUCCUCCUCCAGGGUGAACGGGUGGGAACAUCUUUUGGAAAACCCUUACAGCCCGCCCAGCAGCAGUUGAGCCCAGAUUUACAAAGAACCUAUUGGAGAGAGAGAGCUUGUUCAUUGAUCUCGUGUUAUGUAACGAGCGUCUUCCCUCAAUUACAUUUGACUUGUUCCUCAUUGGAGAUGACUCGACGUACUGUGAACGUAUCUGUAUGUGAACCCGUUGGCCAAUGUUUGACAGCUUCUGUUUAAACCAGCUGAGUCGUGCUCUGCUGCUAGCUGAGUUUUCUCCUCUGUAGCCGAUCGUUCUCUCAGCUGAGGGGCUCGCCGCUCGUUUCCACGGUUUUGUUGAACUUCCUGGCUGCUGUUUGUCUCCUCACAUGGACCGUUAGGGUUCAACUGACCACAUUUUGCACGCAGAAGCCACCUUCUGGACAGGGGUACUGAACCGACCCGGUUUCUGUGAUGAACAUUUCCUCUGUGGUUCUCUCGUUUGCCAACGUUCUGUGUUCAGUGUGCCCCCGGCCGUGCAUUUCUAUGUAUACUGUAUCAAAGUUCACGUAGUGUUGGUGCAUCUGGAUGAGCUGCGUCCAAUCUCGUCUCUGAUUUGUUAGUUUAGGAAGGCUGUCUGUGCAGGUGUUACAACCGUGUUCACUUCCAGUCAGCGCCCCCUUGGGUUUAGUGCUCCUAACUUCCACUGCUUACAGAGUAUUUCUGACAUUUUUAGGGGUCUGGAAUGACUACAGUUUAGCUAACUAAACGGCAGAGCUAUUUUAAUCAAGUAUUUUAAUUCAGACGUCAUUACCCAGCAAAACCAUUCAUUCUUUUUAAACGUCCAUCAGUGUUACGAGUCUAAUGUCUUACGACCUGACUGACAUCAGCGGCGGGAGGAGAUUGGACGAGCUGUUCCAGGUCUGCUGCUUAGCAGUUUUUUUCUUCCUUUUUUCUACUGUAUUUAGCCUUUUUAGCUUGUGUUCACCUGUUGCAUGUUGAUCUACUUUUUUCUCAUUUGGACAAUAAAUGUUAUGGGAUUUUUAAUUUUUCCUCCUAAAAA